AGCGGCAGGACUAUAAAUACAGCGGAGCAGCAAUCCACCACAUCUCCACAAUCACCGCAGUCUUCCACUUGCCUUCUGUUCAGGACACACCGGCACACCGAGAGCACGCACACCGGGAGCUGCACAAUGGAUGUCAUAGGGGCUUCAUCCCGCAGAAGAGUGCUCGAGACACGGGGCAUCCGCGCCUCCCCAUCUGCCAGCCUCAGGUCGCACUCCUGGUCUCAGAGAGCCCCCGGCUCCACGUCCAUGUCCUACAAAAGAACCACCAACGUGCCAGCAAGCAGGGCAUACACGAGCGCGUCCGCAGGAGUGUUAGCCUCUCCAGGCAGCCUAGAACUCUCAUCCGCGCUCAAUGCCGACCACGCGCGCAACAACGAGAAGGAACAGCUUCAAGGGCUGAAUGACCGAUUCGCCAGUUAUAUCGAUAAAGUCCGUUAUCUGGAAGAACAGAAUAAACUGCUGGAGACUGAAAUUCAAGAACUCCGGCAAAGGAAGUCCACGCAGUCACAAUAUAGUGAUGCAUUCGACCAAGAGCUGAGCGAACUUCGUUCCACGCUAGAGCAGCUGCACAGAGAGAAGGCUCAGAUCAUUGUUGAUGCAGAUAACAUCGAAGAAGACAUUCACCGUCUGAAAAAUCGCUAUGAGGAUGAAGCACGCCUUAGAGAAAAAACGGAGAUUGCAAUCAGGGAACUGAAUAAGCAAAAAGAAAACUCGGUUCUGAUUAAAUCGGACCUGGAGAAAAAAGUUCAGUCUCUCUUGGAUGAAGCAGACUUCCUGCGCAGUAACCACGAAGAGGAGGUCAGCGAACUCCUUGCUCAGCUCCAGGAGGCGCAGGUGCCUGUGGAUAUGAGGGAGUUCAGUAAAACGGACAUCACCUCCGCGCUCCGGGAAAUCCGCGCGCAACUGGACGGCUUCUCCUCACAAAACCUGCAUCAAGCUGAAGAAGUGUUCCAGUGCCGCUAUGCCAAACUAACGGACGCAGCAGAUCAGAACAAGGACGCGAUCAAAUCUGUUCGGGAUGAGAUCGCAGAUUAUCGCCGGCAGUUGCAGGUGAAGAAUGUCGAACUGGAGGCUCUCCGUGGCACGAAGGACUCCCUGGACAGACAGCUGAAUGACAUUGAAGACCGGCAUAACAACGACCUAGGCAGCUACCAGGAGAUGAUCCAUCAGCUGGACAGCGAGCUGAAGGGAAUGAAGAGGGAGAUGUCUCACCACCUCAGGGAAUACCAGGAUCUGCUCAAUGUCAAGAUGGCUCUGGAUGCUGAGAUCGCUGCUUACAGGAAACUUCUGGAGGGUGAAGAGACUCGUUUUUUCUCGGGAUUUGUUGAUUCGUACCCAAGUCCCGCCUUCCCAUACCGUCAGCCAAUGACCUCCAAAGCAAAGAAAGAGGACAAACAGGCAGACCUGAACGAGGACCUGGCCGCCGUAGCAGAGGAGCUUCAGGCAGAGGGGGGUGAGGAAGAGGAGGGGGAUGAGGAAGAGCAGGAGGCUGUGGAAGAAGAGGUGGCUGCCUCCAAGCAGCCUAAAGUGAGUGCUACACCCCCUACAGAAGAGGAGGAGGAGGGUGAUGAGGAGGAGACAGAAGGAGGAGAGGAAGGGGAGGAGGAAGAAGAAGUAGAGGGGGAUAAGGAGGAGGCAGAGGAGGAAGAGUCAGAGAUUGAGGAAACAGAACUGAGCAGUUCCAAAGCCCAUAAGACUGACACUGAACAACAGGAAGGAGAGAAGAAGCAGGAAGAAGAGGAGGUAGAGGAAGAGAAGGCAGAUGCUGAGGAAGAAGAAGAAACAAGCAAAGGAUCUAAAGAUGAGGAGCAGGAUGAUAAAGAACAAGAGUCAGGAGAGAAAGAGAAAAAGAGUGAUUCAGAGGGAGAGGAGAAGAAGAGUGAUUUAGAAGACGCUGAGCAGAAGAAGGAGGAGAAGGAGAAGGAGGAGGAGAAGGAGGAGGCAGCUGUCACCAACGGAGAACAGAAGAGUCCCACCCAGACAGCUGGAAGCCCAAAGGAGGAGGUGGUUCUGACCCAAACCGUAGAGACCAUCACCAAAGGAGAGAAGGUCGCCCCCAAGCCUGCCAAGAGCAAGGCAGCCGUGGAGGUCAAAGAGGCAAAACCCACCCCCAAGGAAGCAGCAAAGACAUCUGCCCCAGCCUCUACUGCCCCAGCCUCUAAAGAGGUAAAAGAGAAGUAA